AUUAUGCUAGCGUAGUCCGAUAACAUGGCGUCAACUGAAGCUUACGUUAGCCCGGAUGCUGUAGUAGCUAGCUAGCGAUGCCUUCCUGAAUCCCGACUUAACGUUACGUUACCUCUACAUUAUUACACAUUCAUUGCCAACAUGAGGAGCCCUUGGCUGACUUUCGGUCUAACUGUUGCACAUCUCCCACCGACCAGGCCGAAAGAGAGACUAUAAUGGUCCUGAGUCAGAUGGAUGCCGGUAAAGCUUUGACGUCGGCAGCAGCCAACGGGAAUACGAGCGAGGUGCAGAGGAUCCUGGAGGAAUGCAGAGUGCACCCCGAUACUCUCAAUGAGUUCGGUAGGACUGCGCUACAGGUGAUGAUGAUGGGGAACUCCAAGGUCGCCAGUUUGCUAUUGGAAAAGGGAGCGGACCCCAACGUCCAGGACAAACACGGGAUAGCGCCUGUCCAUGAUGCGGCCCGAACCGGAUUCCUGGACACUCUGCAGGUUCUGGUAGAGUACGGUGCUUCGGUAAACCUCCCGGACCAGAGCGGCGCCCUGCCUAUCCACAUUGCCAUCCGGGAAGGCCACCGGGAUGUUGUGGAGUUCUUGGCACCGCGGUCUGACCUGAAGCACGCCAACAGAAGCGGCCAGACAGCGAUAGACGUGGCCCGGGCCUCAUGUGUGCCCGAUAUGAUGGACUUGCUUUUCGCUCACAUUCAUAGUUAGUCAGAAGUCUGGGGGCCUUUUGGGUAACCCCUAAUCUGACUUUGUUUUUGCUUCAAACCUGGUGACUUGAAUUCAUUGCUGUUUAAAGGAUUCUUUUUUCUUGUUAAUAGUGGCUCAGCAUUAAUAUGUGACACGGGACAUAUUGUCCUGGCAGCUUAUUUUCAGUGGAUGGGUGGCUAUAUACAGUAGACACCUCUUUUGCACAGUGCAAUUUAGGCACCUUAUAUAUCUGUUUUCCCUUUUAAUUGGGAGUGCACAUUUGUAGAUAGUUUCCCCAGUGUUUUGUAAUUAUUGCAUUAUUUCCAUUAUGAAACAGUUGAAACCUUAUAUGUGUUUUUUAAACACUUUUACAAAACUUGAUGUGGUGCACCCUGAUUGCUUUUCAUAGUUUUGUUUCUAUUAAUUAGAUGAACUUAGACUUUGAAUUUACUCUUAUUUAUUGUUGGAAUAGGACUGAAUAUUCCCGUGACUUUGUAAAUAGCAACAUUUAUUGUGAUUUGUUAAAAUGUUAUUUAUAUAAAUAAUUUUAAAACAAAAGUGAGAUUAUUCACUUUGCUAUUUGAAGAAGCAAACACAAAAUA